AUGUUCUCGAGAUCAAACGUCGAACGCACCUGCGUACUCGCUCUCAGCCUUGUCGCUACGGGCUCCCUUGUUGCUGCUGGACCCUGCGACCUCUUCUCUUCCGGGGGCACGCCCUGCAUUGCCGCGCACAGCACCACUCGCGCCCUGUACAGCGCCUAUGCAGGCUCACUCUAUCAGGUGAAACGUGGCUCCGACAAUACCACGACCAACAUCGCGCCACUGUCCGCGGGUGGUGUUGCCAAUGCCGCCGCCCAAGACACCUUCUGCGCCAGCACGACCUGUCUAAUUACGAUUAUUUACGACCAGUCCGGCCGCGGUAAUCACCUCACCCAGGCGCCGCCCGGAGGCUUCAGCGGCCCGGAAUCCAAUGGCUACGACAAUCUGGCCAGUGCGAUUGGGGCACCGGUCACGCUGAACGGCCAGAAGGCGUACGGCGUCUUUAUAUCGCCUGGCACCGGCUACCGCAACAAUGCUGCAAGCGGCACAGCUACCGGCGACGCGGCGGAGGGCAUGUACGCGGUCCUCGACGGGACUCACUACAAUGGCGGCUGCUGCUUCGACUAUGGCAACGCCGAGACGAACAGUCAUGAUACGGGCAACGGCCACAUGGAGGCCAUCUACUUUGGCGACAGCACCAGCUGGGGCUCUGGCUCCGGCAGCGGCCCUUGGGUCAUGGCCGAUCUGGAGAACGGCCUGUUCUCUGGCCUCAGCGCUGGCAACAACGCGGGGGACCCGUCGAUCUCCUACCGCUUUGUGACUGCAGCUGUCAAGGGGGAGCCCAACCAGUGGGCGAUCCGAGGCGCCAAUGCUGCGUCCGGCGCGCUGUCGACGUACUACAGCGGCGUGCGCCCAAGUGUGUCUGGCUACAACCCGAUGAGCAAAGAGGGCGCCAUCAUUCUCGGCAUCGGCGGCGACAACAGCGUCAGCGCGCAGGGCACGUUCUACGAGGGCGUGAUGACCUCCGGCUACCCAUCCGAUGCCACCGAGAACGCGGUGCAGGCCAACAUUGUCGCCGCCAAAUACGCCACGACGGCCUUGACCAGCGGCCCGGCCCUCACUGUGGGUUCCUCGAUCUCGCUGCGGGCCACCACGGCCUGUUGCACGACCCGCUACCUCGCACACACCGGGUCCACCGUCAACACCCAGGUCGUCUCGUCGUCCAGCACCACCGCCCUCAAACAGCAGGCCAGCUGGACCGUCCGCGCCGGCCUGGGAAACAGCGCCUGCUUCUCGUUCGAGUCCGUGGACACCGCCGGGAGCUACAUCCGGCACUACAACUUCGCGCUCCUGGUCAACGCCAACGACGGCUCCAAGCAGUUCCACGAGGACGCCACGUUCUGCCCGCAGGCCGGCCUCAACGGCCAGGGCAACUCGAUUCGAUCUUGGAGCUAUCCCACCCGCUAUUUCCGCCACUACAGCAACGUGGGCUAUAUCGCGAGCAACGGAGGCGUUCACACGUUCGACGCUGCUACCUCAUUCAACGACGACGUGAGCUGGGUGAUUAGCACCGGCUUUGCUUGAGUCCUGUCCAAAUCCAUAUUGAAGUAUCGGCGCACCUCGUGCCUUACUAAUCAUGUCCUCUACCUGUUCGCUCGUUUAUUGUAUCUAUGCACUAGAAUAGGAAAAGACAUAAAUAAAAU